AUGCCUACCUCCCUACGUCUCGUCUUUUUCAUCACCCUGGUUUCUUUCUUUCAGGUCGUCUUCGCUUCGCCAGCCAUCGGUAAGCCUGUGGGGACAACAUUUAGCGGCGACGAAAGAACCGCAGGAAAGAACAAGUCAAGUCAGUGGCAGAACGCAGGGGGAAAUAGCAUCAAUUCGGGCGAGUGGGAUAGCAAGAAAAGUCCAGCAGCCGACACGCCUUGGAUCUUCUGCCCCGGCUACAGGGCCUGUAACCGCCUCGGCGCCAUUUCGCAUGCUCGCAACAUGGCCCGCGAGAUCGAUAACGAUGUCAAGCGCGUCAAGGACGCUGAGUUGUCUUUGCCAGUUGCUUGGCAACCCAACUGGAAGGAAUGCUACGUCGAAAUCCGCAAGUCCACGGUCAAUGUCACGAGCUCCUUGGGCGACGACCACAUCCGCCUCGAUGGCUUGCCACCUGUCUGCAUGGCUCUCGCAACGACUAUCACACAUGCCGUUAACGGUUCUGUCGCUCCGGUUGUCUGCGGCCCGGCCUGCAUCGAGCACGAGGAAAUGACGGACGAGCUCUUCGAGAAACUUCGAAUCAUGUUGAACCUUUGA